AUUCUAAGCUUUCACUCAGUCAGAAAUGAGUUAUCGUUUCCAAAGCGUCAGCAACAGCAACCUCACGCUUCCUCUUUUCUUCUCUUCCACCAUUUUUCAUCCUUCCCAUUUCUCUUCAAGGGCUUGGCGCUGUGGUGAUACUUUCAGUUUGAACGCUAGAACCCAAAUGGAGGAGCAUGAUUUUUCAAAAGUUACUGUAACGGCUGAUCCUCAGUCUCUGGAGAAUAAAAUUUCCGCAAUUCGCUCGGCGGGUCCUUCUAAACUCCAGGUAAUUGCAGAUUUUGAUGCAACCCUGACACGGUAUUGGAUCAAUGGCAGUCGGGGGCAAAGCAGCCAUGGCCUUUUGAAGCAAGGAAAUCCAGAGUAUGAUGCCAAGAGGCAUGCAUUAUUUGAAUACUAUCAUCCCCUAGAAUUCUCCCCACAUAUUCCAAUUGAAGAGAAAACAAAGCUCAUGGAAGAGUGGUGGGGAAAAACUCAUGCUCUUCUUGUUGAGGGAGGCCUGACAUAUGAUGCAAUAAAGACAUCCGUUGCUAAUGCCUCAAUCGCUUUUAGAGAGGGUGUAGUCGAACUCUUUGAAUUUCUGGAGGAAAGAGACAUUCCUGUUCUCGUAUUUUCAGCAGGACUUGCAGAUAUUAUAGAGGAGGUCCUGAGGCAAAAAGUUCACAAAUCUUUCAAAAACUUUAAGAUUGUUUCAAAUCGAAUGAUAUUCAACGAAGAUGGUUGCCUCGUAUCCUUCAGAGGGAAGAUAAUUCAUACUCUAAACAAAAAUGAACAUGCUCUUGACAUGGCUGCUCCUCUUCAUGACCAUUUGGGUGAAACCAAUGGACCUAUUGAUGACAAUUCAUCAGUUAAGACUCGGACCAAUGUGCUGCUUCUUGGUGAUCACAUUGGAGAUUUGGGAAUGUCCAAUGGCUUGAACUACGACAUUCGAAUAUCUGUUGGGUUUCUGAAUGACAACAUUGAAAAUAAUCUUGAUAGCUACAGCAAAGCCUUUGAUAUUGUCUAUUUGAAUGAUGCACCGAUGUCGGGAGUAGUCAAGCUUGCUUCUCAGUUAUGUUCUUAAAAGGCUAAUCAAGUGCCACAUUCAUAUAUCUCUCAGUUUGUCUCUCAUCAUUCUAAUAUUGCACUAGUUGUCGCUAACUGUUCAUUUUUUUUUCUUCUGAAAGCACCUCUCAUUGGAUGAUGAAAUUAUUUCAACAAAAUGACCUUUGCAUUAUUUACAUAUUUGGCUGGAUUAAAUGAUUGAUUGAUUAUUAGUUUAUUAUUCUGAAAUCGUGUUUCAGACAUAGAUGAAGUUGUAUUGAACGUGGGUUGUGCAUAUAUGCCC